GAAUGGAAUCUGCAUAUCAAGUACGCCCAAGUACGUGAUUCCGGGACGUACGAAUGUCAGCUGUCAGCCCAUCCCCCCAUCGGCAUCCUGGCCAGUCUCAACGUCAUAGAGACUAUGUCAGAGAUCACGGGGGCUCCAGACUUCUACGCCCAGGAGGGCAGUGACGUCACGCUGUGGUGCAGGUUACGACACUUCACGGAACCUCCCAGCUACGUCUUCUGGUACCACGGCAACGACAUGAUCAAUUACAACGCUGACGAGAAGAUCACCGUCAUUAGCCAGGGAGGCGAGAGCAGACUCCGGAUUCAAAAAGUCGAGAAAAAGGCGUCUGGGAACUACACCUGCAUGCCAGCCAAUGCCAGGCCUUCUUUCAUCAUCCUUCAUGUUAUCACAGGGGAGACCCCAGCGGCCAUGCAGAGGGCGUCCGCUCCGCCCAUCGACAGCGCCUUCACCGUCACCUUAGGUCUAGCGUCUGUGUUUAUGCUCCUGAACGGCCUAUGAUGAGGUCUUCUAUCUCCUCCUCCUCCUCCUCCUGCUUCUUCUCCUUCUCCUUCUUCUCCUCUGGUCGUUUGGGAACUUUGAGCACAUGUUUGUGACUGCCAGGAUGGAGCUGCAUGAGAGUUGUGUCUGUAUGUUCUGUAUGUUUGUAUAUAACGUUUGUGAGUGAGCGAAUAUUGACCUGGUUUAUCUGUGUAUGAGUACAAAGGCUGUAUGAAUGUUUCUGGGGAGAAAUCUAUAAUGUAAAUAUUACCUGUAAAUGAGGUUUACCUGUCUGUGAGGUUUACCUGUAUGUGUAUAUAAUGCCUGGGAGAGUAUUGCUGUUGGUGAUGUUCAUCUGUUUGUGUAUAUAAUGUUUGUGUGAGAGGAUGUACAAUAUCGAGACACCCACGCGUGUAUUUAUAAUCCUUGCCAAUGCCAGAGGUGUUGGUGAGAUUUGUAAGUGUAUAUAAUGUUUGUGAAGGCGCAGGUGUUUUUAAUGUUUAUGAACACCUUUAUGUUUUGUAAAUAACGGUCAAAGGUGAAUGUUGAUGAAGCUUAUAUCUCUGUUUGUAAAUAACGGUGUUAAGGAGAGAUACUGAGCCAGAUUUGUAUGUUUCUAUAAUGUUUGUAUGUAUGUGAAUGCUUGUUGGUGGGGUCUGAUAAAUACUGUAACUACAGAUAGUACUAUAUAAUGUGUAUGAGUGUGUAUGUGACACCUGGAAAUUAAGUGUCAAGUUGCUUUGUCAUUUGUGUCAUAAUUGUUUCUAACUACUUUAACAUCUUCCAUCUGUAACUUUGCUUCUUAACUCAAGGGAAGGUGUUUGUUCUGUGUAUGUGAUUAUGACUUUGCGAGAAGAAAUGUUUGACUUAAUUUCACAAAAAUGUACAUUUACUAAAACAGCUUUGAACAUGAGGGGUUCGUCUACACUACAAUCAAACAUGUCAUCAAUAAGUUGGAAACUUAACGCAUACAUGUUACGAAUAGGUUGACAGCAUUAGCAUUAAAACAUGUUUAGCAGUUAAAGGAUAAAUGUUGAAGCGAUUGUCACUUUUUUCCCCUAGGAGCUACCAUACUGUAAUAUGCCUAUGCGUGCGACAUAACUUCAUAAAACCCACACACAGUCAAAAGUUCCACAAGAUUUCACUGGAAUCCAUCAAUAACUUUUGGAAGCAUCACAUCACAAAAGAGAGAGAGAGAGAGAGAGAGAGAGAGAGAGAGAGAGAGAGAGAGAGAGAGCAUCCAGUUCUUCCUUGGUACGACUUCACUAUCUGCGAAACUUUAUUUGAAAUCCAUCAACAACUUUGAGAGAAAUCUUGUGGACAAAAAAAAAAAAAAAAAAAAAAACGAAAAACAUAAGAGAAA